CACGUCGCACACCGGCCCUUCCAAAACCCCUCCACGCUCUUCCCAAGGCCGAACAAACAACAAAUUACAGAUAGCAUUUCCUCGAACACAUCGCCUCCCUCCCCUCUUCCGCCACCAUGGCCACCGCCGCAUCCCUCUCCGCCCUCUCCUCGGCCGCCGCCGCGGGCAAGCGGUUCGUCCUCUCCUCCCCGUCGCUCUCCUUCGCCUCCCGCCGCCUCGCCGCUCCCGCCCACCUCCGCGCCGCCUUCGGUCCAGGAGCUAGGAGGGUGGCUGCCGCCGCGGCUACGGCAUCCCCCGUCGUGGCCACCAUCGCGGUCGGCGACAAGCUCCCCGACGCCACGCUCUCCUAUUUCGACCCGGCCGACGGGGAGCUGAAGACGGUGACGGUGGGCGAGCUGACGGCGGGGAAGAAGGCCGUGCUCUUCGCCGUCCCGGGCGCCUUCACGCCCACGUGCUCCCAGAAGCACCUGCCGGGGUUCGUGGCGGCCGCGGGGGAUCUCCGCGCCAAGGGGGUCGACACCGUGGCGUGCGUGUCCGUGAACGACGCCUUCGUGAUGAAGGCGUGGAAGGAGAGCCUGGGCCUCGGCGACGACGCCGGUGUGAUGAUGCUGUCGGACGGCAACCUGGAGCUCACCCGCGCGCUCGGCGUCGAGAUGGACCUCUCCGACAAGCCCAUGGGCCUCGGCGUGCGGUCCCGCCGCUACGCGCUGCUCGCCGACGACGGCGUCGUCAAGGUGCUCAACCUCGAGGAGGGCGGCGCCUUCACCACCAGCAGCGCCGAGGAGAUGCUCAAGGUGCUCUGAGCCGCUCCUUCUGCCCGCUGAUGCUCCUAUGCGUGUCUUUUCUACUACCAGUAUCUUAGUAUCUAGUAGUGGUGAAUAAUCCGGCGAAAUGUGGGUCGUGUGUCCCUCGGUGCGGCGUCGUCGUGGAGAGGAAUUUUUGUUUAAACGUUGCGUGCUGUCGAGGUGCUCGAUGAAAUGACUUCAAUUUUUGGUAGCGUCGUCCUGUUGACAUUACCACUGCAAAAACCCUGGGAAAAUACUGAAAUGUUUAACUAGCCUUGCAUACAAAAA